CCCGAUCCCAAGGACCUAUUAUAUACCCUCCGAUCCGAUCAACGAGCAGCUCUUGAAACAGUGAAUCUAACUUCCGUGUGUCAUAGAACCUCUCAGUUAUGAAUGUCACAUGGCUUGAAAUUUGGCGAAAAUUUGUGGAGCGAAACAACAUGUAUUUGCAGGAACGUCAGCAUCUGACCGAAGGAAUUCUCUCUCAUUGGAAAAUACUUCACCGUAUGAAGGAGUCAUAUGGAAGCAUUUGGCUGGCUCUGCGAUUUGGUAGCAGACAGCAGUUCAGGCAGAUUGCGUUCGAGCCUCGUCGGAGGUGGUGGUGCGUCGUUUCGUUUUGGGGUCGCGGGCGUUGUCAUUUCAGCAGUUCGUGCCUGGUGGAUAUGAAAUAAUCUUGCAUCUGCAAUGGAGUUCAUCAACGUUGUUUUCAAUGCAGCUCGGGAUGGGAAGCUCCGCAGAUUGAAGGUAUUUCUUGACCGCCGGCCGAAGGAUGAGGUGAAACUGCUCGUGUCGACCCGCACCAACGGCGCCACCCCACUGGUGAUGGCCUGUCGCAACGGGCACCGCGACGUAGCCGAGUACCUGCUGGACCGCUGCGCUGCCGACCCCGAGCAGGUCGGAUCAGUGAUAUUCGACGGCGAGACGAUCGAGGGCGCGCCGCCGCUCUGGUGUGCCGCCGCCGCCGGCCACUGCUCGGUCGUCCAACUGCUCGUGGAACGAGGCGUCAACGUGAACGCCACCACACGCACCCACUCGACACCGCUGCGCGCAGCGUGCUUCGAUGGCCACCACGACAUCGCACAGUAUCUGGUGGAGCACGGAGCAAAUAUCGAGAUUGCCAACCGGCACGGCCACACAUGUCUGAUGAUCAGCUGCUACAAGGGCCACCUGAAGAUCACCGAGUUCCUGGUAUCACGAGGUGCGCGCGUCAACCGGCGCAGCGUCAAGGGCAACACGGCGCUGCACGACUGCGCCGAGAGCGGCAGCCUCUCCAUCAUGACCUUCCUCAUCGAGAACCACGCCAAACUGGAGCGGGACUCCUACGGCAUCACCCCGCUGCUGGCAGCGGCCGUGUGCGGCCACACCAACAUCGUCGAGUACCUGCUGGCGCGACCCGACCUGGUCACACGACAGGAGAUGGUCGACGCUCUCGAGCUGCUCGGCGCUACUUAUGUCGACAAGAAGAACGACCUGAUCGCCGCCAUCGAGUACUGGAAACGCGCGCUCGACAAACGGUACGAGGACCCGCUAAAUCCGCUGCCAAAGCCGCCAACCUCCGAGCUCAGGCCCGCCUACGAGAACGUCACGGAGGCGCUGACGCAUGAGGAGCUCGAUGAUCUCAUCUCCGACCCGGACGAAAUGAGGAUGCAGGCUCUGAUCGUGCGCGAGCGCAUCCUGGGCCCGGCGCACCCGGACACCUCGUACUUCAUCCGCUACCGGGGCGCCGUGUACGCGGAUGCUGGCAACUUCCAGCGCUGUAUCCAGCUGUGGAUGUACGCGCUCAACAUGCAGCAGCACAUCCUGGACCCGCUCAGCCCGCUCACUCAGAGUAGCCUGCUCUCGUUCGCCGAACUCUUCAGCUUCAUGCUUUCAGAGGGGCGGAACCGGCUCCCGGCUCCGCAGGUGCCGUUCGCUGAUAUCUUCCAGGUGUUCACUCGCGGCGUGCGGGAGGUGGUCAAGGGCCAGGCGCUGGUCAGUCGGCAGCCGCUCAUGGACCGCGAGUACAGCUACUUCACGCGCACGCUCACCAUCGUCAUGAACGUGCUGUGCCUGCUGAUGCGUCUGGAAGAGCGGCUGACGGACAGUCAGACGGCUGCGCUGCGCCGACUCGUGUACGAGCUGCAGCGCGGCCGGCCCGUCACCCGCACCGGCCAGACGCCGCUGCACAUCGCCUGCACGGGGGACGCCGCCGCCAUGGGACGCUACCCGAUCUGCGCGUUCCCGUCGCUGCCUGUAGUGGACAUCCUGCUGGAGACAGGCGGCGACCCGAACGCGCGCGACGAGCUCGGCAACACGCCGCUGCACGCGCUGGCCGCCAACAAGUCGUUCCGCAGUGACGUGAUGCGUCGGCUGAUCGACGCCGGGGCGCACGUGGACACGGUCAACCGGGAGGGGCGCGCGUUCAGCGAGCUGCUGCGCAAACACCCGCAGUGCAGCAAGCAGCCGCCGCUGGCGCUGCACCAGCACCUCACGCUGGCCUGUCUGGCAGCGCGCGCCGUGCGCCGCGUGCCGGCGUAUGCGGCGCACGUGCCGCCCCACCUGCGCCAGUUUGUCAACACACACUGACGCGCGCGCGCCGGCGACGCGGCCGGCCGGCGGUACGGCGCCGUGAUACUGCCGCCCCGCGAGGGGCGCGCCUGCCGUGCCGUGGGCACACUGCCCUCCCUCCCCCCUAUGCCUAUGAUAUUGCCCCGAUAGUUGCUCUGCGUGUGGCGGUGCCUGUUGCGUUGCGUUGCGUUGUGUUGUGUGUGUGCGUGUGCGUGUGCGCGCGCCGGUGGGUGGCGACACUGCGCUCUAGUCCCACGGGUAUUUGCGGGCCGAGCGCGGGCGCUGCCGGCGGCCGGCCGGUCGGAGUCUCUGCUGCGGCGCGGUCUCCGCCCUCAGCGCGCCACUGCCGGGCCCGCGCGGGACCGGUGCGCCGGCUCCAGCGGUCUGUUUUAUCACAGGGCAUCGGUUACAGUGAGUCAUUUAAUUCAUGUAUCGGUUCAAUAGUUUGCUUCUCAAUUCAGUGAGCACCAGUUUCUAGUUCGCUCAGAUAACUAUUGCGUUUCUUUAUAUAGACCGGCUUUGUUUGGUGAACUUGCCGAGCAGUAGAUCUUUUAUUGCAAAUUUCCCAAGCCGUCCGUGGUAGGUGUUGAAAAGUACUGUUAAAUGUUUAUUCCACUGCUGGCAGUGCGCGCUCAUCCUUUCCUAGAAGUCUACAUUGGCAAUUUGCGAACGACGAACGGUUGUGAGGGAACUGUUUACCCGCACUUGCAUCAAAUGCUUGUAUACGGAAGCCGCGGCGCAUGCUUGGGCGCCGUGGUCAUGACAUGUCUGGUAAAUAUAUGGUCACUUCAAGCAA